CUGUACAUUUUAGUUUGAUGGUUCUUUACUCAUUCAUGGCGUUAUAGAUGAAUUCCUGACAGAUGUUCUGUCUCUGUGCCUGAAGGGGUUAAAUGAAGUCAGUGGGAGGAGAAGGAAGUUUAUUUCCCGUAAAGGUUUUUCUGUUGUUCAGUCGUUAAAUCAGGUCGUACGUCAACUGAAGUCAGUAGAAUAGGUAAGUAAACAGUUUGCAGUUCGUUCUUUUGUGUAGAUACUACAAGCUAUUUUUCCAGCGUCGAAAAGUUCGUUCUGCGUACAUAAAAGUAAAAGUGAGCCUCAUUACUGUGAGAUAUGGCCUCUUCAGUGACUACUGAGGCAAAUGGAGUGAGGGUAGUGACUCAUGUAAUCCCACUUGAGGAGAAAAUGGAGUCUCCGGAGUCGGACCUAAAGGCGAGCUUGGUCAAACAAGAAAAGUCCAACCUGCCACCAAAAACAAGGAUGUUCCUGAGGGGGAAGCCUCUGUCACUGGGGUUGGUGCAGGUUUUUACUGGUUUGAUAAUCAUGACUCUGUGCACAGUCACACUACUUGUCGGCAUGCUACAUGCUGACAUUGUAGUCUUCCUUGGACUUCCCUUUGUCAUAUCUGGGUUUGUGGCAAUUGCUGCACACAAGAGAUCCAGUCCUGCUCUGAUUAAAGCCACACUGGCCAUGAACGUGAUCUGUGUUCUGCUGGCUGCUGCAGGAACCGGAUAUUUCAGUUGGGAGCUCAGCAUCAGACCGGGGAAUGACCCUUGUAACAACGGAAAUUAUUGGACAUGUGCAAAUAUGUUUUGGAGGUUUCAUAAUUUGAUGGAUGGAGUGAGGGGUCUUCUGCUGGUGCUGUCUUUUCUUCAACUGUGCAUGAGCAUCUCUCUGUCAAUCUUUUCUGGCCGGGCCAUCGUCCAGGAUGAAACUGAUGCUGAUCCCUAUGGCAGUGACUGCAGUCUCCUGAAGGUUGGGUUGGAUUGCCCCUCCAACCCCUGAAUGGCCACACACUUAUGACCAAGGCAUAUCUAGCCAAAAGUUUAAUCAUCACAUAGGCUAAACUUUAUAACAUUUGCUUUCUUUCUUUUUGAUGGAAUUGUUUGAUAUAAUACAGCCAUUUCCCAUUAGAUGGUUUGUCAUUUUUGCGGUAUCAUCUGGUAUACACGUUUCUGUGCAGGAAUGUUCUGUGGGACCUAUAGCACACUUCUUACUGAUUUUAUGAAUAAAAUGCACUUUGUAUUUCAUUA